CUGCUGCCGCUGCUGUGUGGGUUUCUUUACACUCGCUGGCAGGCUGGGUGCCGGUUCCCUCGCCCACCGGGAAAGUGGGUUACGGAGGCAAGAGGCUCAGCUCAGACGCUGGCAAAGGAGCAUCCAGCCACAGAGAGACCAGAAAACACCUUCUCUUUGGCCGCCUUCUCUUCAUCUUUUCUAGAGGGUUUUAUAUUUUGUACUCUCUCCUUUCAAAUUUUGUUUCUUUGACUUUUCCCCACCUCUGCUCGGGUUUUUGAGGGCUUUGUUGAGUCUUAGAGGCAAAAGAGACUGAGCGAGGGAAAGAGAGACGCAAAGUGGAAAGGACCACAAAUUGGCAAAGCCCGUUACGCCUUUGCCGUGGAUGAAAGCCCUCCGUUUGUAAAGCCCUCUCGGCGAGCAGCGGUCACACGCACAUCCUCCAGAGCAGCCCGCGACCCGCACCUCGGCGUGGCCACCAUGGUCGCCAGAGUUCAGCCUGAUCGGAAACAGUUGCCGCUGGUCCUACUGAGAUUGCUCUGCCUUCUUCCCACAGGACUGCCCGUUCGCAGCGUGGAUUUUAACCGAGGCACCGACAACAUCACCGUGAGGCAGGGGGACACGGCCAUCCUCAGGUGUGUUGUAGAAGAUAAGAACUCGAAGGUGGCCUGGUUGAACCGUUCUGGCAUCAUUUUUGCUGGGCAUGACAAGUGGUCUCUGGACCCCCGGGUUGAGCUGGAAAAACGCCAUUCUCUGGAAUACAGCCUCCGAAUCCAGAAGGUGGAUGUCUACGAUGAGGGUUCCUACACUUGCUCAGUGCAGACACAGCAUGAGCCCAAGACCUCCCAAGUUUACUUGAUCGUGCAAGUUCCACCAAAGAUCUCCAACAUUUCCUCGGAUGUCACUGUGAAUGAGGGCAGCAACGUGACCCUGGUCUGCAUGGCCAAUGGCCGUCCUGAACCUGUUAUCACCUGGAGACACCUUACACCAACUGUUCUGGCAGCUGAGAAGUCCAAGAUCAAGAUGCCAGCAGAUUCAGUAUCUGGAAGAGAAUUUGAAGGAGAAGAAGAAUAUCUGGAGAUCCUCGGCAUCACCAGGGAGCAGUCAGGCAAAUAUGAGUGCAAAGCUGCCAAUGAGGUCUCCUCGGCAGAUGUCAAACAAGUCAAGGUCACUGUGAACUAUCCUCCCACUAUCACGGAAUCCAAGAGCAACGAAGCCACCACCGGGCGAAAAGCUUCUCUCAAAUGUGAGGCCUCGGCAGUGCCUGCACCUGACUUUGAGUGGUACCGGGAUGACACCAGGAUAAACAGUGCCAAUGGCCUUGAGAUUAAGAGCACGGAGGGCCAGUCCUCCCUGACGGUGACCAACGUCACUGAGGAGCACUAUGGCAACUACACCUGUGUGGCUGCCAACAAUCUGGGGGUCACCAACGCCAGCCUCGUACUUUUCAAGCGUGUUUUACCCACAGUCCCCCACCCCAUUCAAGAAAUUGGCACCACCGUGCACUUCAAGCAAAAAGGACCUGGGUCGGUGAGAGGAAUAAACGGAUCCAUCAGUCUGGCCGUACCACUGUGGCUGCUGGCAGCAUCUCUGCUCUGCCUUCUCAGCAAAUGUUAACAGAAUAAAAGUUUAAAAAUAAUUAAAAAAAAAACAACACACAAAAAUGCGUCACACAGGAUACAGAGCGAGAGAGAGAGAGAGAGAGAGCGAGAUGGGGGGAGACCGUUUAUUUCACAACUUUUGUGUGUUUAUAAAUGAAAGGGAAAAUAAGAAAACGAAGAAGAAAAUACAACAUUUAAAACAAUUUUAAAGUCCAUCAAUAAAAAUUGACGUAUAAUUCAGGGUGGGAAAAGUUCUACCAAGAAAUGUGUAUAUCUAAGCAAAUGUAUACUGUGUAAAGACUCCAUCGUGGUAAAGAGAUCCAAUGUUGUAAAAAUAAGACAAGUGAAGAAGUACCAGAUGGAUAUUAACCCUCCACCACCACACACACACACACACACACACACAUGCACACACACACUUUAUCCUUCCUUCAUCUUUUUUCAUUUGUGGGGAAAGAAAAAAUACAAUCUUGCAGGGCUUGCCUUUGGUGUUUAUAUUUCCAUCAACGUUUUAUUCUGAUUUUUAUUUGAGCUGACUCAUAGCCAUUCAGACUAUCAAUGGAGUCCUGCCUUGAGCCUUACCUGGCUUUCCUGUCUCCACUCUCUCUCCAACUUUUAAGACCAUCUCCUUUCCCUCCAGUGUGUUCUAUCUCCCCCACAGCUGUCCGGAAUAUGCCCCCUUUAUCCUCCCCCCGCCGCUUCCCUUCACUCGCCCCUACCCCCCCCCCCCAGCACUAGUCACGCCGCAGAUGCUAGGAAGUGCCGUUUUAAUUCUCUCCACUGCGCGCGCGUGCUGUCUCUCGCUCUCAACGUGGGUGUACGUGUGUGUGAGCGUGUGUGCCUCUCUCUAAAGCAUGCCGAGGGAAUGGUCCAUGUGUACAUAGACUCAUUGUGCAGUAGAUGCUGUCCCUCAUCGUAAUCUUGAGAUGCGGCUGUGACAAGGGGCUGGGGCCGUGGUGGGAAGGAGGCCAGGGGCAGAGCCGCUCCCCCAUCCACGGCUGUCACAGGACCUGUGUGUAUCAGCCCCAAGCUGGACCCCGCCUCCGGGCAGAACCUCAACUUCCUCCCAGUGCAGUCGUCAGAACCCAGUCCAGAGUCACUCAGAUUAUCACUGUCAGUGAAAGUGCCUACUAUUGAUGGGGUGAGCCAACAGCAGAAGGAAUCAGUGAUGCGGAUGAGGUGACCUAAGAGAGAAGGUUUACCGACUUCACUCUUGUUUCCCGCGUCUGAGGGAUUCAUGUAUCUCCUGGCUUUUUGCAGACUUGGUCCUGCUCUGCCGCAGGAAUGAGUAGCAUGUGUGUGUGGAGCAAAUUCCCAGAAGCAGGAAGGUCUCCAAGUGUUAAGUCCUAAUGAAAGGAUGAUGAGCCCCGUGGAGAUCCUAAGCAGCCCUGGUUUGCCCCCUCUCCAAUCUUCAAAUAACACUGCAUUUGCCCCAUGGAUUUCCCUGAGCAGAGAUUUUCCCUAUUUCAGAUAAAAUACAGUGAGCGUGAGCAAGGCAGGAGAAGUACAGAUGCCCAGGUCCCUACUCAUAUGGUAGAAAUACUAUCACAGCCCCAAUACAAAGCACUAGCCAUAACAAAAAGGAACCCCCCUCCUUGUGCUCCUUUGCAGCUCUCUGUCCUGGUGUUUUAGGCUAAUACUUUAUUUGGUGGCCCACAUCAUCUCCCUUCUCAUCCAUUGAUGGUGUUUGCAGCACCACUGUUCAUAGUAUUCCAUCAUUAUCUUAGGCCUGGCCACUAGGAACGGCAUUAUAUUCCAUCUUUCCUGCUCACUCUUGGCUUCUAGUCUCCUGAAAAAGAUACAAUGGGGGAUAUAGUGUUUAAGUUUACAUCUACAAGAGUCAUCUUGCCAUUAACACUGAAAUAUGAGUUCUUGACCAGAAGAGCUGAGAAACUUGUAAUCAUUUAGCCAAAACUUACAUACAUACCACAAAGCUUGGCAUCACCACCACACCAGAAGGAUUUUCUUAGGAAAAGCCUUACAGAGAGAUCUGGCUCUCUGUGUGUAGAUAUCUUUGUCAGGAAACCAACCAUUGUUUUCACUUAGCAAGGAGGCAUUGGAAAUGGUUCAGUUAGUGAAAGGACAGAGGAUUGUUAUUGAGGUCAUAAUUGAAUGUAUUUGAGCAGAGCCAAAUAUGGUACCUCACCAAGUCUUAGAACCUGGAAAAUAGCUGUUAUGUGCUGUGAAACAGGAAACUUCAUAACUGUAAAUCAGAAAAGGAAGGAUGAAAGGGAGGAAGAAAGGAAGGGAGGGAGGAAGAAACAGAAAGGGAGGGAGAAAGAAAAAGGAAAAAAGAGGGAGGAUGGAAGGAAAGAGGGCAGGAAGGAAGAAAGAAAAAUAAAUAAAUAUGAAAUUUAUCUGAAUAGAUUUUCUUAAUUGAAGGCUCUUUGCAAUGAAUCUCAUCUUUGAAGGUAAUGAUCUCCUUGAUGAGCAGUAAUCUUAAUCUCUUCUAGGGAAUUCUGUUGUUUGUUUUAAAACCUUAGCACCAGACUUCUUUUAUGAUUUUGCAGUUUAGGCAUGAAAUAGAAGGACACGUUGGGCUUGGUGGCGGGUAAAAGUAUUUGUGGCAGAUCCUGACAUAGGACUGACAUUCUUAUCCAAGAUGGUAGCUACUAAAAUAUAGAGAAGGCGAGCCAUAUCCCUAUGCAGCAACAAUUUAUUGACAAUCAGGGAUUUCCCUAACAGUUUAGUCUUCUUAGUGCAGGAAUAAAAGCUUAUCAUCCUUGAUGAUCAAUAUUUCCCAUAUAUUGAAGAGUCAGCCGCAUCCUUAAGUGGAAGCUCUAGUGGAGUGCAUGCUAAUUUAAAGAUAUAUAAGAAGAGAAAAGUAACAGGAGUUAAUUCUGAUGAGUAUCAAUUUCAGGAACAGAUCCCCAUGGCACGUCACAGAAUUUAGUCAUACACCUAGAUUUCUUAUUGUCUCUACCCUAUCCUAAGGACAAGGUCUUGGCUUUAUGGAAGGAGAUUAUCCAUUGAAAGGCAUGUCUUUGCCAUGUCAGCACCAUUUGUUCCCUGAGUUUUAUUAUAAUGGUCCGUAUAUUAAACAUAAUUAAACAUGUAUUGAAUAUUGUGGUGUUUGCUUAUAUCUCUGGUAGGAUCUGGGUAUUUUGUCCUGUCUCCUGUUUCAGAGCAAUCAUUGACCCCCAGAAACCUCAUAGGUUUGAGGAUGUUUUUAAACAAUGUGAAAAAUGGAAGAAAACAUAGUUUGGAGAAAGGUCAGGAAAAAGGUAGAAGCCAGAGAACUGACACCAAGAGAGUAAGUUUAAACAUGGGACUUCUUGGAAUUUAGUUCAUCACAGUGCGAUAAAUCUCUUCAAGAAUUUUAUCCAUUGGUAAUCAAAGCUUGAAACCCUACAAUGAAAAGAACCAACUGGUUGGAAACAGUAUACUGAAAGGAGUGAAAUACAUCAAUUAAACUGAAUGGCUAAUAUAUUUAAUGUCCUUUGUAUGCAGAGUGAAACUCCACCAUUCAUAAAAUAAAAUCCUUAGACCUGAUUUGCACUUAACUAAAGCGGAAAUGACCUUGACCAAGGGCAGUUCCUGAAGAAUGAAAACUAUCUUAGGUUUUACAACUGCAGAAUUAUAUCCUCUGUGCAAUUGUUCACCAGAACGUUUUGCCUUGUUGGAGGAACAGUCUUACUAGUUUUGAGACAUAAAAUCCCUCUGCUCUAAAAGAACUAAGGCUUAGGGAAAAGUCCUUUCAUUUUCCGUUGGGAGGAAUUGUCCCAUUGACCUUUGCCUUCUCUUCCAAAUCAGACAGACGUCACCCUUGCCCUGAGCAUUUUUUUACUACAUCUUCAGACAAUUGGGGCUAUUCAUAGAGACCUUGUAAAAGUACUCGUGAUUUUCAUGUUCUUGGAGGACAGAAACAAAAAUCUGUUUCUCCUCCAAAAAAUGGACUUACCUCCUUUGCACACAAAAACUUAACUCCUCAGCAUGAAACUGUUUCUGAGUUAUUACCUACUAAGUUAUUAGCUUCUUAACAGUUCCAGAAUCAUAGAUUCCAUCCCCAGGUUAGUUGUGGUUUGACUAUUUCUGUUGGCUUGUGUCCCAGAAUUUCCCAUUUUGUUUUUUGCAGGUCUUGAAUUAUUUGUGGAAAAAUAAUAUAUAUGUGUAUGUAUUUUUUUUAAAUCUUAUCUUUACAGAUGCUAUAUUUACAAUAUUGUAUGUAUUAUAAAACAAAUCUAGAACAAUGAUUUAAACUUAAAAGGAAGAAAAGUACUGAAUUGGUUUUUAAAAAAGAGCUAUGCUUCAUUUAGAAAGACAUGGAGCUUAUUUUUCUCUUCAACUUUAAAACCUUUCAGCCUGUAUUUAGUCUUGGUUCCUAAUAACUAUCAUUUUUUAAUAGAAAUAUAAGUGCAAUGCUGUACCUAACCUACAAAAACUAUUAAUAUUUUGAAGGCAAAUAUUAAACACACCACAAAAAUUGUUAGAUAAAAACCCUGAGUUAAGAAAUGCAAAUCCAAUUUAGGAAGGCUCCUUUACUUAAGUGUUUAAAAUAUUUCUUCUCCAAAGACUGCAUUUGCUCCAGUGGUAUAAAUUUUCCAGAGCGGUUGGCAUAAUAUCUGUAAACGUCUCACUAAAGGCAAAAUGGAGUUUACAUUUAUGUGCAUACAGUAGAAGAGAAGUAAACUAUUCUCAUUUGCAGCUAUGUUGUUAAAUGUGACCAACUGAUAUUCAAGAAAGAAUUUGUCUUCACCCAGCAACGCACAUGACUUUCCUGUUGGCAAGCAAGCUGGUGUUAAUGUUAGGGGUAGGUUUAGCAUUUACACCAGCGUAAAUGUUUAUGGAUAUCAUGGAAAACUUAUUUUAAAAUCUUGAUUUCCCUUCAGUGAAUUUACAUACUGUGUGCUGAUUAAUAAAUUAGACACCAAUCAUGUGUAAAUCAAUGUAAAUCAGUAGUUUAUGUACAUAAUAUAAACUAUGUAAACUUCAUUUUUCAUGCAGGGCGCAAGUUCAGCUAAACCUAUGAAUCUGAAAGGAAAAAAAAAUUAAAUAAAAAUAAAUAAAAACCAAAGCAUGUCACAGGUCAGAAUGGGAAGAAGGAUGACUAAUUGCCCAAACAUGAGGUUGUCUCAGCAAAAGGAAGCAGACCCACAGAACUGUUAAAGGUUCACAUCCUGCUCAGGUCACAGUAGGCCACCUCUUUGUUCCUUCAGGACCUAAGUGGAGUUUCUCCCAACUAUUGCCACAGUUUUCUCACCUGACCCCAGAGCAAGGGAAAUGGAGAGACAGGAAGGACAGACUUUUAAGGGCUCAUGUGUCUGUUACGUCAACUCUCAUGUGUCUUCUUGUUACCUCUUACUUACCACCUAAGAAGUCUCAUUUCAACAGCUCCAAGGAAAGUAAGUUACCUAUACCCUGAUGAGCAAAAUAUUAUUCAGUUUUUAUUUUCCAUCCAACAAAGACAUUGGGAGAGCUUCUUUGUCAUCUCAAUUCUAAGAAAUUGAGGGGUGUUAAAAAAUAUGUUAUAUCCUUGAGAAAUAUCUUGCUAAAUCACCCUAGGAAAGAGCUACUCUUGCUUAAUCUGGUAGAUCUAUUUUCUAUGUAUCUAUCCUGACUGUUGCAAAUGAGGACAGAAUCAUUUUAAUCGGGAGUAUCUCUCUCAGGCACGUUCUCUUGAAGUCUUUUUGAAGUGUCUGUUGUGUUUAACAGAAUGACAUAUACAUGUCUUCUGCAAUCUGCACAGCUUGUACAUAAAUAGUCAUCAAAGAGAUCACUACAGGGACCACAUGAAUUUUCUGCAAAGACUGUUAUCGAAAGAAAUUUAGGUCAAAUUAAUAUUAUGCUUAAAGUACACUCCUCUACCCAAUAUAAAUGACAACUUUAUAAAGUGAGGUAGGUGGAAGGUGGAUUGGGAGUCAGGAGAAUUGGGUCCUAGCCCUGGGUCUGUACUAUAAGCAAGCCAUGUGACCUUAGGUAAAUUAGUUAAACUUUCUGAGUCUUGGUUUUCUCAUCCGGAAAGUGAGAAAUUUGAAUGACAUCUCUAAAACUUCUGUCUUCUCUAAAUUCUCUGAUUCUGAAUAAGAAUUUAAUCCUCCUGUAGCGCUGUGCCCACCUCAUCAUUCUAAGCAGCUAUUUGUUGUCUCUGGUUUGAUCACUUUGAUCUAGUUUGAUCUUCACUUCUCAGAACCAUCAUGCCAACAUCUCCAUCUCAAAAGCCAAAACUUUCUAGAAUACAGGGUCCCCGGACUUGUUGUAUAAUUCUCUUCUGAUCAAAACUUCUUAACAAUGUAGAGAAGGGACACAUUCAAAUUAUACUGCUGGCAUUGAGAGAGCUGGAGUUGUUUCCUUAGUCAAAAUAUUAUAAAAUCUAACUGUUGAACUAUAUUCUAAUAAUCUUUCAUAGGGAGAAAAUAGCCAGAUUAGGUAUUAGGCAUGUAAUAAGUGAGGAAGUUGUGCAUGUGAAGGGAAACAGUUUUUUCUCAUCCUGGGCCAAGUGCCUCAUGAUAGUAAAUGGUUGUCCUUGAAAACUCUUUGCUUGUGCUGGUGGCCAUAAGCAUGUGGUCCCAGGCAGAUUCAAAGGCUGUUCUAUGAGGAACGGACAAGAUAAUAUAUUUUGUUUUGGAAGGAACUUCUCAUGGCAUAAGUGUCCCUAAACUUGACUUAUAGGCUAUGUAGUCAAGUAAAUGGAUGGAGAGAAAACAAACCUCAUUUUCAGAAAGUACAAGUCAGGACCAUUUUAAAAAGACAAGUUGAAAAUAGGACAAAAAUAAACACAUUUUAGCAGGUUAUAGAGCUGAAUAUAGUAAGAGUUGUGAAGGCCAAAAUCAAAUGUGAAAGUUAAGUACUCUGAGCAGAGCAUAAGUAGAGAGGAUGGUUUCUCAGACGAUUAAUGAGGAAUUAUUACCGUGUGCCAUGUUCUGGAUGGAUUGAGCACAGCUGCACUUGUCUUGACCCAACAAAGUAUAGCCCCACGCUAUCCUAGAUGCUCAACUUAGCAUCUGUCCAAUGGUAGCUUUCCAUUCAUCGCUUAAGAGGACAGAAAGAAUCCGAGUCUCCUGUGCACUGAAAAGCAGGGAUUAUUCAUAACUUCCCAGCAUCAGUAUCACUUUAUAUAGAUAAGGAUUUACAAUGUGCUUAGAGUAUGUAUGAAACUCUCUUUAAGUGGGAAAAUGACCUGCCCGUGAGACAACUCCCCAUUUCCAGGGUGAUUUCGGAGGUGCCUCUUUUUGAGUCAUGCUCCUGGGCAACUCCCACAUCUAUGUUCUUCUCUGCACAAGCCCUCUCUAUAUACAGCCAGGCACAGAGUAAAAAUCUGCUUCUUGCAAACGAAGAAAACCCUUGGAACCACUAGCUUCCUGGCAUGCGGCAGUAAUUCUAAGCUAUCUGGAGCCUUGUUUGUUUUUUAAACUCACUUCCCUGAGUCUUUGCUCUUUACCAGAGAAUGUUAAAGGUUCAUCCUGGUGAAUUACAACCAAGUUCUGCUCCCUAAGUGUUUACUGGGAGUGGGAGAAGGGUAAAGUGAGGAAAUUACAGAAGGAGAGAAGCAUGGGAGAAAACCUCCAGCUUCCUUCCCCUUCCACCUUCCUUCUCACUGCUCUAUUGACGGGUGUAUAAAUCCUGCUCUUGGUUAGAAUUCUCCUUAUUAACAGUGUUAUAUACAUAUAAAUAUAUAUAUAUGAAUAUAUUCCUUUUUUCAUCCCUCUAGACAUAAACAAAACUUUCCUUGAUGACAAAAACUCAUGGCCAUUUUUUUGUUUGGGUUUUUUGUUGUUCAAGGCUUUUUUAUAUUUGUUUAUUGGGUGGAUUUUUUUCCCCCUGGAUACUAGCUCUGUGAAGGAAAAUAAAAAGCGUAGUGUGUGUUAAAAAAAAAAAUUAAAAUUAAAAAAAGCUUUUUUCCUUUUCUUUUUAAAUGUAUUUAAAUUCUGUUUCUCUGUUCUGUUACUUUACACUUAUGAAUGCUCUGCUCUUCUGUGAUCUUAAAACAAAAUGAAAUAAACGUGAAAAGGAGAUGUGUCUCCAUUGACCUGA